AUGACACAGGCCGUCAAGCGGGCCUGUGACGCCUGCCAUCGUCGCAAGGUCAAGUGCGACGGCGUCAACCCGUGCCGCAACUGCCACACGGCUCAGCUCUCCUGCACCUACAAUGCGAUCCCACAGAAGAAGGGCCCCAAGGGCUCACGCGCAAAAGUCAUUAGCGAACUGAGGGAAACGCAGCGACAGACCAGCCUGUCCGCCAGGGUCCAGAACCGCAUGAACGGAAUCCCGAACCCUCCUGGCCCCGCGGCCCUCGCCCCGACCCCCGGCCUGCUCUCGGCCGAUCUUGUCAAGGAAUGCCUCGAGUUCUACUUCGCAAACCUCUACGAGAAGAUGCCCAUCCUCGACCGCCGCCAGAUCGACCUCCAACUCCCCUACAUGGAGCAGAACCGCGAUACCUACUGCCUCAUGACCUCGCUAUGCGCUUUCAUGAUGCUCCAGCCCGGCAUGUCGAUGCCCCCGGGCGACCCCUACAACCUCGAUGUAAUGCCCGGCGCCACCAUCGUCGCGAGUCAGCUGCUCUUGGACGAGACUUUGCAGGUGCGCAAAGGAUACGAUUACCUGGAAAGUAUGACUUUCAACACCCUCGCCACCAACUUCUUCGUCUACGGAUGCUACCACGGCCUCGAACUCCACGACAAGGCUUGGUUUCAUCUCCGGGAGGCUGCAACCAUGAUGCACCUCAACGGCAUGAUCAAGGAAGAGACAUAUCACGGUCCACAAUGGGACAACGCCGAAUCGUCUCGCAGGAGGCGCCUUUACUGGCUGUUCUACAUCAUGGAAAGGGCCCACGCCAUUCAGCGCCAGCGACCUUUGACACUGCAGGCCUCCAUCAACCCCCCCAACUCCGCCGACGACCCGAGCGACCCCCUCAGCCAUCAGCUCAACAGCUUCAUCAUGCUCGUCAACCUAUUCCGCCCCUUUGACGACGCCUUCACCACCGUCUGGAACAAGACCCGGAGCAACCUCUACGUUGCGACCCUCCAGAAACAGUUGAACGAGGUCCUGCCUACAUAUCUCUGCCAAGAUGGCCAGCUGUCAGACCUGCGCACGAACCAGCAGUGGCUCAAGAGCACCGUCUGGCAGUUGACACACGGCAACAUGAACUCGCAGAACGAGGAGAGCAUGAACUUCAACUACCCCGUUGAUCUGUCCCGCGAGCUCUUGAUGACCUUGGCAUCUCACUUCCCUGGACAAGGCAUGGAGUUGAUGGGAUCCGGUUUGAUUGAAAAGCUGUUCGAGAUUAGCUGCAACAUGACCGAUUUCCUCGCCGUGCAACCCGCAGCCCGCGACCCCUUCACUGUCGGUCCUCGCGAGCAGCUCAACCAGACGCUCAACAUUGUCGCCGUCCUCCGUCACGGCGACCACCGCUUCUUGCCCCUGCUCCUGAGCAAGGUUGCCGAGAUCAUGCCUCGCCUGACCAAUCCCAUGCUGCAGAACGCUCCCGAAAACUCGAACCUGGGCAACAUCGAUAUUUUCGAUGGUUUUGGCAAUGCGGGCAUGGCUCAGCCGCCUCCUCAGAUGCAGAUGCAGAUGGACACCGAGUACGAGCGCAAGUUUCCUUCCGCCGACUACGAAAAGAAGUACAACAUGUCGGACGUCACCAGCAGCAGCAGCGAGACCAACACCGUCGCUGCCUCGUCCACGGGUGCACCGUCCGUCCCUCCGGUGACUGCUGCGGAUAUCAACUCGCCUUUUGCUAGUUCACCCGCCAUUAUGUCUCCACCAAUGGAGUAUCCCCACAACGGAAUGAACGACUAUGGGUGCACUCCGAUGCCCGAUAUGGUAAUGAGCCCGAUGGGCCAAAACGGAUCGGCGAUGAAUGGAUCAAGCACCAUCAACACUCAGCAUCAACGCCAGCAGCAGUCGCAUCACUUGAUGCAGAACCAAUGCAUGACGCCGCAGCAGCAGAUGCAGCCCGGCAUGAGUCAGCAUCACCCUCACAACAUACAGCAAGGCAACAUCAAUUCACCGUCGAUCCAAGGGCAGCAAGGCCUGGGAUCGGGCUCGAUUCCGACAUCACAUCCCAUGGGUCCGGGUGGGAAUAACCUGAUGAACUCCAUACCCCGGCAGCAGCCGCAGCGCACUAGCAGCAGUUUCGCCAUCCAGCAACAGCCGAUACCACGCACCGUGGGCGAUUUCCAUGCUCUGCAACGGGCAAACUCCGACAUCCCGGGUCUAUCCGGCAUAGCCACGGAGAUGGAUUUUAACACGCUUCGUUGA